UGAACGCUAAUCGAUAACAAACAAUGAAACCCCAUAAGAAUAAAACAUUCUUGGUUUUUGUUACUUGCAAUAACGUUGGUAUUUAUCAUUUUAUACAUAUUGUGUAAAUUUUGGUGUAUAAUAAUGCAGCCAGCCAGGGUUACUAAAUUUGGAGCUUAUGUGUACGAAGACGGUUCAAAAUACAUAGGAGAUUGGAACGAUCGAGGUCGAAAACAUGGAUUGGGUCACGUCCAAUUAAAAGACAAUACACGUUAUGAAGGAGGAUUCAGCAAUGGACUUUGUUCGGGCCUUGGAGUUCUUCAGUAUCCGGAUGGAGCGAGAUAUGAAGGAGAAUUUAUGGAAGGAUGGUUUCAUGGUCACGGAAUGUUUUGGAGGGCUGAUGGCAUGAAGUACGAAGGCCAAUUUCGAGGAGGUCGUAUUUGGGGAUUAGGUUUAGUAACUUUUAAGGAUGGAUCUCAUGGACUUCCAAGACACGAAGGAUUUUUCAAAGAUUGCAAAUUUGUACAAAAGAAAAAAUGUCCGGGGGUCGUUACGGAUGCACAACGAGCAGCUUUAAUGGCAAGAAUACAAACUGAACAAACAUAAUUAUCAAUUAAAUUUUUCUGUGUAUAGUAUGAAGAAUUAUAAUAAUAUUUAAAAUACAAAUAAAAUAAACAAAAUAAUUCUUAUUUAUUAUUUAGACUAGUUAAGUUUAGUUUAGUAUCUACUAGAAAUUGGAUUUUUUUUACUAAUCUUGGCAUAUUUUGUUAUUCUUGAUAAUUCUGAUGUUAAAACGACACUACAUACGUAUGCGUUAUCUUAAAAUGUUUAUAACAUCACAAAUUUUAUGUUCACAAUAAUUCAUUUUACUCUGUUAUUUUUAAAACUAGAGUGAGUUGACUAGAAACGUUUGCUAAUUUAUUGUGAACGUACAAUUUUCUUAUUUGUACAUUUAUAAUACGGAGACAACAUAUUACGCGGUUGUGGCGUCCUCUUAACCAUCAUAAAAAUAUUUUUUAAUAAUGUCCAGCUAUUCUACACCCACAACCACAUAUAUAUAUAGAAUAUAGAUAAAAUGUUCAUACUGUUCA